AUGGGCCGUGUUCAGAACAAGACUGUGAAGAAGGGGGCUCGGGUCAUCAUGGAAAAGUACUACACCCGCCUGGACAACGACUUCCACACCAACAAGCGCGUGUGUAAGGAGAUCACCAUCAUCCCCAGUAAGAAGCUCCACAACAAGAUUGCGGGAUGUGUCACUCAUCUGAUGAAGCACAUCCAGAGAGGCCCUGGGAGAGGUAUCUCCAUCAAAUUGCCAGAAGAAGGAAGAGAAAGGAGGGAUAACUAUGUCCCUGAGGUCGCUGCUUUGGAUCAGGAGAUCACAGAAGUGGACCCUGAUACCAAAGAAAUGUUGAAACUCCUGGACUUUGGCAGUUUGUCUAACCUGCAAGUUACCCAGCCCACGGUUGGGAUGAACUUCAAGCUCCAAGAAGAGCUGUUUAAUGUUUACUUUUGCCAAUAA